AUGGUCGUUAUUGUGUCGGAUUACCUUGUGACAUCCGUAAGUACCGAAUGCUUCAUUCAAGCGUUUCGUCGGUUCAUAGCCAGAAGAGGUCGGCCAUCUACAGUUUAUUCAGACAACGGCACAAAUUUCGUCGGUACAUCUGCAUUGCUGAAAAAGGUUGACUGGGUAAAGGUAAUUGCUCAGGAAACUUUGCAUCCCAUCACUUGGAAGUUCAUUCCGCCCACUGCUGCUUGGUGGGGCGGAUGGUGGGAGCGUCUAAUCCGCACAGCCAAGAAUUUGAUUGUGAGAGUCUUAGGACAAGCUGCAGUCAAUUACGAAGAGUUACUCACCGUCAUCUGUGAUGUGGAAGCCGUAAUAAACUGUCGACCACUAACUUAUGUGUCAAAUGACUCUGAGGAUCUUCUACCAUUAACGCCUUCCAUGUUCUUACAGGACAUUAAGGUUUCAGGUACAGCAGAUUUGGAUGCUUUAGAUCGAAAUAAACUCUUGGCUCGUCAGCGUUUCUGCCAGGAACUUCGAGAACAAUUUCGUAGCCGUUUCCGCAAGGAGUACCUUGGACAGUUAGUACAAAAGCAUGGACAGACGGACUGUGAAUUAAAAGUUGGAGACAUCGUGCUAAUAGGUUGUGAGAACCUUAAAAGAGUGAACUGGCCAAUUGCUCGUGUCCAAGAACUUUGUACAAGCAGAGAUGGACGUGUAAGAGUUGUAAAAGUGAAAAACUAG